CGCGGGCAUCUUUCCAGACCACAUGUGUUUCCGUGCUUCAUGAAGCCUUUUGUUGCGCUUGCCUGUGAAGCUGGCUGGCAGGGGCCAGGGCCAUCAUGGAAGUGGAGGUGAAACCAGCAUCAGCAGAAGAACUGGAGGCCUUCGUUGGCCAGAACAGGCGAUGGCUGCCCGAUGAUGCCGAGAAGGUUCUUCGGGGCAUGAGUGGCUUGGAUCAGCGACGGGUCAUCAGCGCCGGCACAAUGUCCAGUGUUCAGAACCCCAUUGCAGUGAUCCAGGCGCGUGUGAGGAAGGCGAAAGAGCUCGAGGCAGCGGUAAGCCGAAGUGGGGGAAAGGUACCAGCCGUCCUGCUUGGAUUGGAGAGCAAACUUGUGAAGCCAGCCACUGCAGAGGACUUGGAGGCCUUUAUCAAAACCAAUGAUCGGUGGUUGGGUGACGAGGCUGUGCAGACAUUACGGGCAAUGAGUGCAGUCGACCAACGACGGGUCAUUUCUGCUGGUACCAUGUCAGGCUGCCGAGAUCCAGUUGCAGUGAUCCAAACACGUGCCAAGAAGGCAAGAGAGAUGGAAAUGGAGCUGGAGAACUUGGCUGCGGGAAAAGGGCCUCUUCUAAAAAAGGAGAAGCCUCCGCAAGCAGCGACACCAAGCUUUGACGAGGAAGCCGCUGCCAUGCAUCUCUAUGCCCCACCAGAGGAGGUAUCAGCAAAGGAGUCCAGAUUUGCACCACAAUGUAAAGUGGAUGACUCAGACUCAGCACUCGUCGGAGAGGUUCCUGGCGUGGGAGGCGUGGUCGAGAUCCUCAAAGCAAAGUACGGGUGUUCUAAGGGUCAGAGGAUCCGGGUCAUUGGGGAGACGCAGUCCCUGCUGCAAUUCGAGGGUGGAAAGACCGCUCCAAUCAACCAUGAGGGAAGUGGUUGGAAAUGGGUGAUUCGUGAAGAGGAGGAGGUGAAACAGUCUGCAGCAGAGGCGCAAAUGGCUGCCUUGAAGCAAGCUGCUGCAAUGCAGCUGGCGCAGGUGGAAGCGCAGAAGGCAGCGGAGCUAGCGCGUGCACAAGCAGAAGCAAAGGCAUAUGCCGCGGCGCGGGAGGCGGCCCUCCAAUCCAAGGACCGCAAAGGAAGUGAGAGACCCCGGAGUUCUCACAGCAGUGGCUCUGCCUGUAAUGAGGAGAAAGCCAGGAAGAUGAAGCAAUUGAAGGCCAAAAAACGACUGAACCCAACGACGUCCAGUUCCAGUUCCAACUCCAGCUCAAUCCAGAAGGCGAAGAAGAAGAAGAAGAAGGAGGCCAUGGCCAAGGUGAAAAAGGACAGCAAGAAGAAGAGAAGCAUAAGCACAAAAGCAUCUGGAAGCAACCCCAAGUUGAGGAAGAGUGAGACUCGGACCGUGAAAAGGACCUUGAGCAAAGAGAAGUCCGGCAAGAAGAAGCGAAAGAAGCGGAAAAGCCAAGUCUCAUCGAGCAGUUCGACUGCCACAGAUGUCACGCAGGUGGACACUUGAACAGCAAUCAGGUCAGCCUCUACCAAGCAUGUUGUGAUCUGCCCAAAACAUGGGAGGCAAUUCGGCAAUGUGCAGGCCCAGCAACCAUGCAGAGCGGACAUUCUUGUUCACAUCGCUGAAAGACCCCAAAGGUUAUUUAUAAUAGUAGAUUAAUUUGGUGCUUCCUGACUAGAGAUGCAACAGGAAAAAAUAUGCAACCGUGGCACUUCAGAGCCAUGAUUCUUGAUUACUGAAUUCCGCAUACGGCUGCCGCCGAUGAUUUGCUGGACAGGCAGGCUCCGAACCUCAUGCUUUCCUUGUCCCUCUUCACACCUGUCUAAAAAGCUGUUCAACAUUAUUUGCAAGCAAUUCUGAAAUUCUUGCGAGCCCCAACUGGCUCAUCACUCAGUCGGGUCGCAAUUUACUACAAUUAGAAGUAUGACCAGGGCCAACUUCUAUGAAGGACAAUGAUGACCAAGCUGCUCGAGGCAGGAUGCCGCAGAGCGGAUGCAACCUUUUGACGAUGUUGACCCUUAUAUAAUCAACUUGAAAAUGCAUAAAGAAAGGAAGACACCUGAAAGAAAUGUACAAAGCCAGGAAAGAAAGAUACAUCUUUAGUACGAAGAGCAGAUUGAAUUCUUGCCCAAGGCUUGUGCCUCGCAGCUGUGCCGUGCCGACGUUUGCGACAGUUUCACCAUACGCAAGCAGUAUCAAAAAGCCGGAUGCUGUUCAUGUUUCGGUGCCUUGUCAGAUUAUAUAGAAGUACCGGAUGCUCGACUCAGAAGGAGGUUCUAUGACCGUUCCAUCCCAAGAACACCGGUUUUGAUCUGCAAGCUGGUGAACAUGUUUAGGAGACGGACAAACCCUUUUGGACGCAUGCACUGCAAUCUAUACAGUGUACUCUCGGUCUUGGCAUGUGAAAGCACGGACUGCCGCAGAUAUUUCGGCGUGGCGUUU